AUGUCAGAUACGUUAUUACCCGCCACAGAUAUUGGCAAAAUAGUAAAAAUGGAGGUUGAUUAUAGUGCUACUUGUGAUGAAAAGAUUCCAGAAUGUCAAAAAUUGGCAAAAUCUGGAAAAAUUCAUGAUGCACUUGAUAAUUUAUUAUCUCUUGAAAAGCAAACCAGAACUGGGGCUGAUAUGGUUUCAACAGGAAGAGUUUUGGUUGCUAUUGUUCAAAUAUGUUUUGAAGCUAAAAAUUGGUCUAUGUUAAAUGAGCAUAUAACUCUUUUGGCUAAAAGAAGAAGUCAGUUAAAGCAGGCAGUUGCUAAAAUGGUUCAGGAAUGCUGCACAUAUGUAGAUCAAACACCAAGUAAAGAUAUUAAAUUGAAGUUAAUAGAAACUUUGAGAAGUGUUACAGAGGGAAAAAUGUAUGUUGAAGUUGAAAGAGCAAGAUUAACUCAUAAAUUGGCUAAAAUGAAGGAAGAAGAAGGAAAUAUUACAGAGGCUGCUAAUAUUAUUCAAGAAUUGCAGGUAGAAACUUAUGGUUCAAUGGAAAGAACAGAAAAAGUUGAACUAAUAUUGGAACAAAUGAGGCUUUGUCUUGCUAAAAAAGACUAUAUAAGAACUCAAAUUAUUUCUAAAAAAAUUAAUACUAAAUUUUUCGAUGAUGAAAAGACUCAAGAAUUAAAGCUCAAAUAUUAUUUAUUAAUGAUAGAAUUAGAUCAACACGAGGGAUCUUUCUUAGCGACAUGCAAACAUUACAGAGCAGUUUUGAGCACUCCUUCUAUUCAAAACGACCCAAAACAAAGACACGUUAUACUUCAAAAUGUAAUUCUUUACUUAAUUUUAGCUCCCUAUGAUAACGAGCAAGCAGACUUAACGCACAGAGUUAUGGAGGAUAAACUAAUUGAUGAAUUGCCUGCCUACAAAGAACUUUUGAAAAUGUUUAUUAACCCAGAACUCAUUCAGUGGUCGGGACUUGUAAGUGUCUAUGAAAAUGUUCUUAAGCAUGGUACUGAUGAUUCUCCACCAACCGAUGUCUUUAAUCCCAAUACGGAAGAAGGUCAAGCGAGAUGGAAAGAACUUAAAAACAAAGUUGUGGAACAUAACAUUCGAGUAAUGGCAAAGUAUUACACAAGAAUAACAUUAGGAAGAAUGGCGCAAUUAUUAGAUUUACCAAUUGAGGAAACUGAAGAAUUUUUAUCAAACCUGGUAGUCAAAAAGACAAUUGAAGCAAAAACAGAUCGUCCAGAUGGAAUAGUUUGCUUUACUCGCAGUAAAGAUCCAGAUGACAUAUUAAACGAAUGGUCAAAUCAUCUAAAUUCAUUAAUGCAACUUGUUAACAAAACCACACAUUUAAUUAACAAGGAAGAAAUGAUACACAAACAUUUACUAUCUGUCAGAGAAUAA